AUGUCUGACGAGAAUUGCGUCUUCGGCGGCGAUGCUGAGCCGGCGGCAAUGCCGGCACCGUCAAGGAGGAUGCCCUCGCAAAGCUCGGCGGCCAGCCAGCAGACCUACCCACCGUCGAUAAGGCCGACCUCACCUUCCUCGAUAGCGCCCAAGAAGCUCGAAAAGAACAUCGCAGACGACGUGGCCAACGCCAGCAAGCCCGUCACUGCCCUAAAGUUCGACGCCUCCACUGACAUCCCAGCUGCAUCCGAGGUGCCCAAAGACGAUGCGGUGGCGGCCAAGGCGGAAAGUGUCAUCAGCCAGUCCCUCUCUGCCGCCGAGAGCAAGAACAACGGCGGCAAUGGAAAGGGCAACGGCCAGGGUAAGGUUUCCGGCGCGGUGGGCAAUGCUGCUUAG